GGUUGGAUCUUGGGGGUGGUUUUGUUUGUAGGAAAUGGUAGCUGAUGAUUUGCUCCGAUGUGGUCAGUUCAUGAGAUUUUGGUGUGAUUCGGAUCAAUGGGCGAUUCGAACUUUGUGCUAACACGUAUUCGAUUUUAGCGAAUGGGUUGGAGACAAUCUCGAGGUUUCGGCGCGGAUGGUGGUGUGGUGGUAUUUGGGAGAUUUUCCUUUUGUUUGUGUUAGGCUAUUUUGAUGGUAUGAGUGCUUGAUGUUAGUAUGCGUUACUUAUCUAUUUGUAGUUUAUCUGUGAUGUUUUGGAUCGGUAAGCUAGGUCAUCCUUUUUGGUUUAUCCUAUAACUGAUAGAAGCCAGCGGCUUUAGUGAUAUUUUCGUGGAUGGAUAGGAGGUUGUGGAUGGAUAGGAGGUUGCAGUAUGACUCUUGCAGUAUUGGAUUCAGGGGGACAAGGAAAUUAAUGUUUCACUUCUUGUUUAUACUGAUAAAUGAUGUGGAAGUACUUGCAAGACUGCUAUAGAUGUAUAUGAAGAAAUGGACGAGUCAGGGAGACUUAGCUUCCCCCCAGGAAAUAUCACCUGCAAUUUUAGCAAUAAUCGGUAACAAUGUGGUUAACCUUGUUAGUAAAGCUGACCUUUGAAAGCAUUCUAUCUGUUUGACUUAUUCUCUGGGCUACAAUGACAAACCUAUGGACAACACAUGCUAGUGUUGGUACGUAUGGUAGAAGACCCAGAUGCAACAUCAAACAAGUGCCAAAGAAGCGUCAUUUUGUACUUUUAUUUAUUUCCAUACAACAUGGUACAUUCACCACAAAAUUUUAAUCCUGGUUUGUGAUGACCAAAAUGGCCAAUGUGUUUUAGAAUGAUUAGGCAGGUUAUCUCAGUUCUUCCACUGGAUAUGUUUUUAAUAUGCACAACACAUCUGUAAAUGGACUGGAAAAUUAUGUGAUUUUCAUGAAAGAUCUUCUAUAUGACAUUCAUCAAAACGGAAAUGCAUAUUUCAAUUUCUCUAAUAUAAUUCUCUGUCUGGAUUUUUGUCCUAUGCUCCAACUCCAACAUGCAUGCUGACAAAAGUGAAACCUUUCCGACUUUGUCCUGACUUAAACAUAUUUUUUAUUCACCCCCCUCAAUCGAUAAGACAAUAAAUCAAUAUAACUUGUAUAAUGAUGAUAUUGAGCGCAGUUUAGCUGGCCAUGGAUUCCGUUUGUGUUUCAAGAUGAGGCAUUGAUUUUGUAGGGAUUUUUCAUCAGACUGUAAAUGGUCUAAUCAUCAAUAACUAAAAUUGUACCUGCUUUUCACAUUUGUUAUUAUAAAAGCUCAAACUAUCGUAAUAUGAGGAGGCACCACAUUUUCUCCGAGUGGUCAAAAUGUACAACUCUAAUCAGAGGGAGAAGAAAUGAGUCAGCAUUUGGUGUGCCCAUAAAUAAGAGAAAAUUCCUUAUAUACCAUUGGAUGUUACCCUAUUCCUCUAUUGCCAUUCAAAAAUUGACGUUUAAUUAUUUUUCACAUUCUCAUUUCUUGUUCCUCUUUCUUCUCCUUUCCUCUCUUCCUCUCUCUCCUCACCUGCUGUUUCCUUUUUAUUUCUUCCUUCCUAGCCUGUUCUGUCUUCGAGGAUGUUACCCUAUUCCUCCAUGGCCUUGUUCCUCUUUCUUCUCCUUUCCUCUCUUCCUCUCUCUCCUCACCUGCUGUUUCCUUUUUAUUUCUUCCUUCCUAGCCUGUUCUGUCUUCAAGGUCUGCUGUACUGAGCACCGUGGAUGAUUACAUCAAGCCAGAAUACCAUGAAGUUGGGGCCCAUUGUCAAUAGAGACUGAGGUCAAAGCCAUAAUGUUGGGGGACAAAUACAAAGAAUGGCUGAAAUUGAAGCCAUGACGACGGGAAGAGCACAUUGGCAGCAGUGUGAGCUUGGCAGUGCACAAAUUGAGGCACGAUGGCACAUGAAGUUAAAGCUCCUCGUCCAAGGAUUAGGCUGUCUGCGCUUGAAAUCAGAACACACUGGCAACAAAAUCUAAGUUCCUUCCUCUCGUUCUAAACCCAAGGUCCAUGGUGGCUAACUGGCCAUGACCUUGAAGGCAGUGGUUGUGUUUGGGAAUGGUGUGGAUGUGUCUAGCAGCAGUAGAAAGACAUUAAGUCCGUCCACUGACAACAAUGCUUGGCUGCAGGGGGCUGCAUCCAUGGCUGCCGAAAUCAAAACUUGAGGGUGGCAAAGCUUUUUUGGCUGUGGGGACGAGCUCAGUGGCAGCUGAAUUUGUAAUCAAUGGUACAUCGUUGGGGCUGGGAGAGAUAAAUCAAAAUCACAGGGUGGAUUGGACUCUAGGAAGGAUGCAUUCAUCCCAAGGGAUGCGAAUGGUCAACCUAUUGCUGCACACACUUUCACUUUUCGUGAACUUGCUGCUGCCACUAAGAACUUCAGACAAGAUUGUCUAUUGGGGGAGGGAGGUUUUGGCCGCGUAUAUAAAGGACACUUGGAGAAUGGGCAGGCUGUUGCAGUGAAGCAACUUGAUCGCAAUGGACUUCAAGGAAAUAGAGAGUUUCUGGUUGAAGUCCUUAUGCUCAGUCUAUUGCACCAUGAUAACCUGGUUAACCUAAUUGGAUACUGUGCUGAUGGGGAUCAACGUCUCCUUGUAUAUGAGUUUAUGCCAUUGGGAUCACUUGAGGAUCAUUUGCAUGAUAUUCCACCUGACAAGGAACCUCUCGACUGGAAUACACGGAUGAAGAUUGCUGCUGGUGCAGCCAAGGGCUUGGAAUUCUUGCAUGACAAGGCAAAUCCUCCUGUUAUUUACAGGGAUUUCAAGUCAUCGAACAUUCUUCUUGGUGAGGGAUACCAUCCAAAACUAUCAGACUUUGGCCUGGCAAAACUUGGCCCUGUUGGUGACAAAACUCAUGUUUCGACACGUGUUAUGGGAACUUAUGGCUACUGUGCCCCAGAAUAUGCGAUGACUGGGCAGCUUACUGUUAAAUCUGAUGUGUAUAGUUUUGGUGUUGUGUUCCUUGAACUGAUUACUGGCCGCAAAGCAAUCGACAACACCAAACCACUUGGAGAGCAGAACCUAGUGGCAUGGGCCCGUCCCCUGUUUAAAGACCGCAGGAAAUUUCCUAAAAUGGCUGAUCCAUUACUUGCGGGCCGAUUUCCUAUGCGGGGCCUGUAUCAGGCUUUAGCAGUUGCUGCAAUGUGUUUGCAGGAGCAAGCUGCCACUAGGCCUUUUAUAGGAGAUGUGGUCACUGCUCUUUCAUAUCUUGCUUCCCAGACAUAUGAUCCAAAUACACCUGUUCAGCACAGUCGGAGCAAUGCAUCUACCCCUAGGGCCAGAAACCGUGUUGGUGCGAAUUUUGACCAGCGUCGUCUUCACUCACCAAAUCACCAACAAUCUCCAGAUUUAAGGAAAGAAGGCACCACAACAUCAAAAUAUGAAGCUGAGGUUAGCAGGACUAAUUCUGGCAGUGGCUCUGGUCGACGAGCUGGCUUGGACAGCAUGGAUGUGACAGGUUCACAGAUGGGUAGUCCUGCUCACGCAGGAAGGAAGAGGGAAUCAUCGCGGAGUACUGAUAGGCAGCGUGCAGUCGCAGAGGCCAAAACAUGGGGGGAGAAUUCAAGAGAAAGAAAGUGGCCAAAUGCUCGUGGCAGCUUUGAUAGUACAAAUGAGUAAACCUCUGAAGCAGAAGGUUCAGUUAAGUCGUCAUUCUAGGGGAAAAAAAAAGAUGAAUCACUUGCAGAACCCAACUGGGUCGAAUUAGGUACAUGGGGCAUUUUCGCUCCAUCUCGGCUCUGCGGUCUAUGUGAAUAGAGCUUCUCUUUUUCUUUUUUCUGUCCUGGAGACACCACCGCUGCUUCAGAGCUCUCCUCUCGUCCAUACGAAUAGCAUCACCGCGAUCUCAUCGUCGACGCGCCUAUUCCUGGCGUCCAUUCCUCGUGAUUGAUCAUGCAAAUGUGCCUUUUAUUCAUCAUGAAGACAGAAACACCGUUUGGCUGGAAAUGUAGGUAGAAAGCAAAAGAGAAAAUUUGCUCUGGAGCUAUCCAUUGGGUAUCUCAUGUCGAUGUUGUUGCAUGAUGAGUGUCAGCGGCUGCACCAUUGUUCCUGAGUGUUCUAGCUCUAUGUGAAGUGAAGUCUGCGUACCGAGGGAUGUGAUGUUCUUUUUUCUUUUCUUUUCUUUUCUUUUUGUCUCAAUGGUUUGUACCUAGGGGGUACGGCAUUUUACCUGUGUUUCAUACACCUGUCAUUUGACAAUUUCAUGUCGGAGUUAUCUGUUGUUUUAUCUCUACGAGUAAGCUGUUCUUCAUUCAA